ACAAGGAAACUUGCCUGUUGACAUGACUGCUGGUGCUUCUGAGGCAAGGGAGAAGGGGAAUUCAAAAUCUGCCAGUUAUGUAGAAUUAACAGAUGAUCCUGCACCAUGGCCAGAUAUGAUGAAUCAGAGUGUCAGGGACUAUUUAGUGAAAAAAGGACCACCUACAAUUAUAGUAGAAUUUUUCCCCAAGAAUGACAGUGGAUCACAUUUUUCAAAAUUUCACUGCAAAAGAAAACUGCCCAAUGGUGAAAUUGUAGAACGUCCAUGGCUAAUAUACUCUGUACCAAGUGAUAAAAUUGUCUGUUACUACUGCAAGCUUUUUGAUAAUAACGCAGCAAUUGCACUUGCAAGUUGUGGUUUUAAUAACUGGCUAAACAUUCAUACAAGACUAGCUGAGCAUGAGAACUCCAAAAAGCAUUUGCAAGCUAUGCUCAGUUGCUGUGAACUACAGCAAAGAUUAUCUACUGAAAAAAACUAUGCUAAAGUGGUAGAAAAACUAAUCAGACAAGAAGCAACACGCUGGCAUCAAGCGUUCCGGGGAUUUGAGGAACACAUAGGAACACCACAUAAUGUAAAUUUCCUUGGUGUUAUUGAUUUGCUCGGAAAGUUUGAUCCAGUAAUGCAAGAUCAUCUGCGAAAAAUCCAGAAUAAGGAAAUACAUGAUCAUUAUUUAGGAAAAGGAAUCCAGAAUGAGCUUAUUAAUAUAAUGGGUCACGUUGUUCUACAGGAAAUCAUUUUGCGAAUCAAGGCUGCUAAGUAUUUUGCAAUAAUUCUCGACUGUACUCCUGACAUCAGUCAUCAGGAGCAAAUGUCAAUGGUAAUUAGAAAUGUAGCUGAUGGUGUACAAUCAAAUGCUCUAGCAGGAGUAUAUGAACAUUUCAUCAAGUUUAUAGUGGUGCAAAGUAGCACAGAUGAACAUUUGUACAACACCCUUCUACAUGAACUUGAAACAUUAGGGCUGGAUGCUGAUAAUAUCCGUGGACAAGGGUAUGAUAAUGGUGCCAAUAUGAAGGGACACACCUCAGGUGAGCAGGCACAACUUCUACAGAAGAAUUCAAGAGCUUUCUUUACACCAUGCGCAUGUCACAACUACAACCUAGUUUUGGGGGACAUGGCCAAAACAUGUCCAGAUGCAAUGACUUUCUUUGGAACUCUGCAGUGUAUUUACACCAUUUUUGCAUCAUCCACUAAAAGAUCGACUGUUUUUAGAAAACAUGUGACAGGGCUGUCUCUAAAACCUUUCUCUGAAACACGGUGGGAAUGUAGAAUGGAAAGUGUCAAAGCUGUACGGUACCAAGCUGCUGAAGUUUGUAAUGCACUAGAAGAGGUAGUAGAAAACACUGAUGAUGCUCAAGCAAAAAGCGAUGCUGAAUCGUUAGUCAGUCAAAUGGGAGAUUACAACUUUCUGGUCUCAUUAGUUUUCUGGCACUCCUUACUCUUUCAAGUAAAUUUUGUGAGUAAAGAACUUCAGAGUGAUACCAUGGAUGUUGCUACAUGCCUUUCUUCAUUUCAAAAGCUAUGGUUAAAGACAUACAGUGAAAAAGGUUUUGAUGAAGCCUUGAUUGAUGCUAGUGAACUUGCCAAAGACCUAGAGCUGAGCCUGGAUCCAAGACCUUAUGUGCUUAUGCAAAAAAAGGAAAUUAUUUGAUUAUGAACCUGCAGAUGAACCUUUUCCAGAUGCAAAAACAGCCUUCAGAGGGCAAUGUUUUAAUCAAGUGUUAGAUAAAGCACUGCAAACACUUGAGCCACGGUUUGAACAAAUGAAAAAGUAUCAAAAUGUAUUUGGAUUCUUGUGCAAUUUUCAGGACCUGUCCAAGGCCACCAUAAGAAAAUGUGCAGCAGAUCUGGAAGUGGCAUUGACAGAGGUCAAGCUGGGACAGAAAAAAUAUCAAGUUAAAACCACAAAACUGGCUAAUAUAGAUGGAUACAUGCUUUGUGCAGAAAUGGAGGCACUAAAGCCAAUUCUGCCACCAGAGAUUCAAACCCCCAUGAAAAUGCUUGAAUUCCUUGCUUGCAACAACAGGUCUGCCGCAUUUCCAAAUUUAUUUAUUGCUCUUCGGAUUUUCUUGACAAUCCC